UGUCGAAACUAGAAGCACAAGCACUUCGCUACACUCUCAUUAACAUCUGCUAACCAGGUGUAUGUGACCAACACAAUUUGAUUUUGAUUUAAAGCUUUUUUAAUUUUUUGAUAAACUAGCCGAGCCAUUCUUAGCCUGUGGUGAAGAACGAUGCAGUGUGAAAAGGCCUUUUAACAUUGCGGGCUCUCUUAGCGUCUAUAAUAUACGGUCUAUAGCCAGAACAUUCCCCUAAAUAUGCUAAGGUCAUGUGGCUCGAUGGCUGCUUUCAGGACAAAAAAACGAUUUUAUGUAAAAGACAAUUUUUUUCUGCUGUUGUUGGCUCCAGACAUUACUAGAGCAGUAGGAAAAAGUUAUCGACUUUUCCGUGAUCCACUAACAUGUCUUCCACAUCUCACGCAGGCACGCUGAUUCUGACCCACAUGGCAUGACGUCCUGUUUGAUGUGUACAGCAACGAAAAACAGUCUGUGAAGCAGUUUUAUAGAGUUAGUAUUCAACAACAGAAGAGACAUGUCUCAGUUACAAAUAAGGUUCUUUACGGAUAACAAAAAAUAUUCAGUGGAUGACGUCCCAUUCUCCAUCCCUGCUGCCUCAGAGGUGCAGGAACUCAGCAACGUCAUCAACAAGCUGCUGGAAGCCAAGAAUGGGUCUCACAGCCAGAUUGAGUUUGACUUCCUGGUGCGAGGUCAGUUCCUGCGGACAUCGUUGUCAAAUCACAUGGAGGCUGAAAGCAUCUCAACGGUGAGUAGAACCUCUGGACGGUAGUAGCCCCCUCUGGAC